UCUUCACCAGAUCAAUUUGGCGGGAAAACAGUAAUUUUGGCUGGGAGAAGAAGAAUACUAACAGAAACUACAACAAUGGCAGCAGAUGAUCAAGAUGCAGGCUUGGAUCAGGUGGAAGAGGAGUUCACUGUAUGGAAGAAGAACACUCCGUUCCUGUACGAUUUGAUCGUCUCUCACCCGUUGGAGUGGCCCUCACUCACCGUUCACUGGGUCCCAUCUUCGUCUCCGCAACCGUAUCCGGCGGACCCCACUUUCUGCGUGCACAAGCUUGUGCUCGGGACCCACACCUCCGAUGAUAACCCAAACUUUCUCAUGAUUGCCGACGCUGUGCUUCCCACCAAGGAGUCUGAAUCUAACAUCGAUGGCAAAACUGAAAAUCCCGUUAUUCCCAAGGUGGAGAUAUCACAGAAGAUACGUGUUGACGGGGAAGUAAAUAGAGCACGGUGUAUGCCGCAGAACCCCAAUCUUGUCGGUGCCAAGACUAGCAGUUGUGAGGUGUACUUGUUUGAUUGUAACAAGCAGGCAGAAAAGAAGCAAGACGGUUGUGAACCUGAUCUGAAGUUGCGGGGUCAUGACAAGGAAGGUUAUGGGUUGUCUUGGAGUCCCUUUAAGGAAGGUUAUCUUGUGAGUGGUUCUCAUGAUCAUAAGAUAUGUUUGUGGGAUGUGUCUGCUUUGGGUCCAGAUAAGGUGCUUGAUGCUUUGCAUGUUUAUGAGGCUCAUGAAAGUGUGGUCGAAGAUGUUUCUUGGCAUUUGAAAAAUGAAAAUCUAUUUGGGUCAGCGGGUGAUGAUUGUCAAUUAAUGAUCUGGGACUUGCGUACAAAUCAAACCCAGCAGUGCGUAAAAGCUCAUGAGAAAGAGGUUAAUUAUCUAUCAUUUAAUCCAUACAAUGAAUGGGUCUUGGCGACAGCUUCUUCAGACACUACUGUUUGUUUAUUUGAUAUGCGGAAGCUGACUGUACCAUUGCAUGUUCUAAGCAGCCACACAGAAGAGGUAUUCCAGGUCGAAUGGGAUCCUAAUCAUGAAACAGUGCUGGCUUCUUCUGCUGAUGACAGAAGGCUGAUGGUUUGGGACCUUAACAGGAUUGGGGAUGAGCAACUAGAGUUGGAUGCUGAGGAUGGUCCUCCGGAGCUACUAUUUUCUCAUGGAGGUCACAAGGCCAAAAUAUCAGAUUUCUCAUGGAACAAAAAUGAGCCAUGGGUAAUUUCCAGUGUAGCUGAUGAUAAUACUGUUCAGGUCUGGCAGAUGACUGAGAGCAUUUAUCGCGAUGAUGACGACUUGCAAGCAGCUGAGAACUAGUCAAAGAUCAGGUCCAUGGGUUAGUAGGCAGUCUUUUCAAAAACCGUGUUUUUAUUUUUAACUUGAUCAGAAUGCUUAAAUCAAUAAAGCACGCAUAUUACAACUUGUCAA